UUUGUUGUUGUUCUCGCCAUCGAUAACGGGAAAAAGCGAAAAAGUGAAAAAUAAACUUCUGUUGUUAUCGAUCGUACGUCGCGUAAAAAGUGAAAAUUCGAGUGUUUUUCGUCGGUUUUACGGGUGAUUUCGGUUCGCGGCGGGUUCUAAACGCGUCGGUAUGCAACGGUCCGCGGGAGAGGAUUCCGAAGGCUUGGAAAAUGGAGAAGACAUUCCACUGGAUGGAAAUCCAAACAAUGGAGUCGGAUUGUUCGUCGGAAGUAGCUCAGAAUCGCAACCCGGCUCAAAUGUAGACUCCAGCGCGAAUGUAGCCAACGUGCAACAUCAAUCCCUCUCGGAACCGCCAUCGCUAUCGGAUGGAUUAUCGUCCGUGGGUGGUUCCAGCGAUUCAACAAGCAUCAUCACAAAUGUGCGUAAUUCCAUAAAUCUAACCAGCACCCCAAAGCUCAGCUCGGAUCGAAACUCGAAGAACGAUUCCCAGCUUCAAUUGGCAGCGACCCAAAACAGUGCCAAUGCACUGGGUGCAGGGCCCGGACCUGGUGGGGGUGGUAGCAGCGGCUGUACUGGUGGCGAUGGUGUAACCGUGGAUGAGGGGGAUACCGUGACGAUAAUCGAAAAUCCUUCGAGCGUCGAUGUUGAAUCAAUUAAAUCACCAUUGGCCAGUAGUACCAAUACGUCAGUAAGACUGAGUCUGCUUCCUUGGAAUACGCAUAAUCGGUCGUCGGUAGUCGUUCCGCCGAGUGUUUCUGCGGCAAUCGACAUGAUGGCUGCCAGCGAUGGAACCUUGCGACCUGGGGAGAUUGUGAUGCGCACACUGUUUGCUGAUUUCACUGUGCAAGCAGAGAAGAAGAUUGAAACCGUUAUGCUCGAGAGCACUGAUAAAACAUUAGCCAAACUACUGCAGCGGGGAGAGGAUUAUCAGUUUGAUCAACUCCUACAGGCGCUGGGAUCAGUUGCCGAGCACUGCUUGCCCUCGCUGUUGAAAGCACUGUUGGCUUGGCACUGGCAUCAAAUAUGUGAUGGCGAUAUCAAACGUGAUUUGAAACGAAUGGAGACUGACCGUCAAUCCGGAACGGCUAAACCGGGUAACGAUUUGGAAUCUCAACUGCAACGACGAGAAGCGGCAGUGGAAUUCAUCUUCUGUUUGGCUUUGAUUGAAAUCCUGCGACAAUUUCCAUUCCACCCGGGGCAUGACGAUAUCGUUAAAAAUAUCGAAAAUCUUGCCUUUCGCCAGUUCAAGUACAAAGAGGGGGUCCAGGGGUCACCGAAUGCGCUGUACAACCACAUCAUCGCGGAUUUGUAUGCUGAAGUUAUCGGUGUUCUGGCUCAAAGCCGAUUUGCUUCGGUGCGGAAACGGUUCAUGACGGAACUAAAGGAACUCCGGAGCAAGGAACCGAGCCCACACACAACGCACAGUAUUAUUAGUUUACUGAUGGGUAUGAAGUUUUUCCGAGUGAAAAUGGCUCCGAUUGAGGAGUUUGAAGCUUCCUUUCAGUUCAUGCACGAAUGUGCUCAGUAUUUCCUUGAGGUAAAGGAUAAAGACAUCAAACAUGCGAUGGCUGGUCUGUUCGUGGAGAUCCUUGUUCCAGUUGCAGCGGCUGUCAAAAACGAAGUCAACGUGCCAUGCGUAAAAAACUUCGUCGAUUUGUUGUACUCUCAAACGCUGGAUGCGUGCACCAAAUCGAAACACAAAUUAGCUCUGUUCCCACUGGUCACCUGUUUGCUGUGUGUUUCGCAGAAAUCCUUCUUCCUCAGCAAUUGGCACUGCUUUUUGGCCAUGUGUCUGAGCAACUUAAAGAACAAGGACCCAAAAAUGAGUCGAGUUGCCCUGGAAUCGCUGUACCGGUUGCUUUGGGUCUACAUGAUACGUAUAAAGUGUGAAUCAAACUCGGCAACUCAUUCGCGCCUUCAGAGCAUUGUGAAUUCGUUAUUUCCGCGUGGCUCGAAGGCGGUUGUACCGAGAGACACUCCGUUGAAUAUUUUCGUAAAAAUCAUACAGUUUAUAGCUCAGGAACGACUGGAUUUUGCUAUGCGAGACAUUGUGUUUGAGUUGCUGUGUGUGGGACGCCCGAUCAAGAUUAUUAUGACCCCAGAGCGUAUGAGUAUUGGCUUGCGUGCAUUUCUGGUUGUAGCCGAUUCGUUGCAGCAAAAAGACGGCGAACCCCCUAUGCCUAGGACUGUCGGCGUACUGCCAUCCGGAAAUACGCUUCGAGUGAAGAAAACAUAUUUGAAUAAGAUGUUGACUGAAGACACAGCUCGCAGCAUUGGAAUGUCCAACUAUUUCCCGCAUGUGCGAAGGGUGUUUGUAGAUAUCUUAAGAGCGCUCGAUAUUCACUGUGGAAGGCCACUUAUGAUGACCAUAAAUCAAAAUCAGAACAAAGAACCGGAUGAAAUGCUAACAGGUGAAAGGAAGCCACGCAUUGAUCUCUUUAGAACUUGCGUCGCCGCUGUUCCGAGAAUAAUUCCCGACAACAUGACCGGCCAUGAGUUGGUAGAUAUGCUCUCCAGACUUACAAUCCACAUGGAUGAAGAACUUCGUAUAUUGGCUCACCAAUCGUUGCAAACUUUGGUAGUGGACUUCCCCGAUUGGCGCCAGGAUGUGAUACAGGGUUUUACGCAGUUCUUGGCACGGGAUGUUGUCGACACAUUCCCUCAUUUACUGGACAAUGGAAUGCGAAUGCUGUUCGCUUUCUUGACUGUUUGGAAGAAUGCUCUGAAUAAUAGUGGGCCCAAUACCAGCAACAAUAACACGUUAAACUCAAAAUCCGGUAAUAUUCCAGCAGCAGCGCCAAGAUUCGCUCCGCAGCAACAAGUUACCCAGCUGGAUUCAAAUAAACUACAACCGCAGCAGACCGCUUCCUCGUUGAAUGCGGCUACAAUAAAUUCCAAUUCAAGUGCCAGUUCGGGGAUUUCAUCCAUUACGCAAACAACUACAAUUCCGGCAAUCAAUAGCAAUGAUUCCAGUGGACACGGAUCGGCAUUGUCGUCCGGCGGUAAAAAAGCCCACGAGCUUCCGCUGGCAACCACUAUGCACAUGGUGGAGGGUUUUGCUUUAGUUAUGCUGUGCAAUUGCCGGCCUGCACCGCGGAAGUUUGCCGUCAGUAUUCUGAAAGAGGUGAAAAUUCUUAUGAAGGCCCUCGGUAUCGUGGAAAGCGAACCUCCCCUGAUCGAUGUUAUUGAUAGAUGUUGCCCACAGGUGCUGGAGCGGUGCCUUCACAUGCUACCGCAGGCGGAUCGCACUGCCAUGCUCAACGCCAACGUAAUAGACCUGCAGUGGAUAGUGGACCGCAAUAGUGGGGUGUGGACUGUCGGGCACAUUGAGGAUUCGGCGAAGGCUUCGACGCUGACCCUGUGCCAUUCGCAGUCAUCCGGUCAAACGUACGAUCCGUGGAGUGUUUGUUUGUUUGGUUUUAUGGAGCGUCAACAUGUCCUGCAACACUGUCCGACGGCGGUGGCACAGGCGUGGCCCAUUUGCUACCAACGAGUGACCAGUUUGUUCAAUGUGAUUGAUCCGACGCCUGUUAGUGAUAACCGCGCUUCACUGUUGCGCAGUUCCGCUCCCCCAAAGAAACCGAUAACCGAAGCUCAGCGGGAUUGGCUGGCACAUCUGUGGAAGAAUCAGGUGGCGCUGGCGAUGCGGCUCGUACCACAAAUGCCCAGCGUGGCCGUACGUUGCGCGUCACCGGAUCUCAGUUUAAGUCUGCAUGACCAGUCGGAUUCCCGUUCGCUGUCCGACUCGUUGGACAACAUUCCGUCAUCCGUGUUUGGACCAGAAGGAAUCGUAACACGCUUCACCUUACCUCUAUCCUAUGGCCGAAAAGACGCCAGACAUAAGAGACAAGGCUCGUCACCGGAUUCGUUGUCGGCGGAUCGUAGCGAUAAAUCCAGCGGUACGGCGGCUUCGCCGGUGGCUCUCUACAAACUCGUCAUCCCGCUGCUACGCUGUGAAGUGUCCGAUAUCCGGGAUGCUGCCGUUAACGCGCUUGGAAUGAUAAACCACGACGCUCUGAAAGAUUUGAUGGAGGAGCUGGUGGUGUACAUCCGUGAGGCAAUAGACCGCAAACAAGAGAACAUGCGUCGCCGGCGGCGCCGUGACGCGCUGAGGCUUCAACUGGUCAGGGUGCUGGAGAAAAUUGUCGAAAACGGUACGUUUGGAAUCAGCCAGUUUGUGCUGGAGCGGGAAAGCAUGUCGCUUCAUCCGACCUUCGUCGAGUACAUAGACGGUGCGCGGCUCUAUCUGGAAGCGGAAACCGACAAGGAUAAUAGCAGCAUGCGCGAGGUGAAAACUCAUUUCUGCGACUUCAUUCGGAAAAUGAUUAAAAACUUUUCGCUGGAAUCGUGUGUCACGUUGCUGUCCCGCGAAUUGAAGCGAAAUCUGGUUAAUUUAUUCACCUCUUGGAGUGGCACGCAUUCCAUCCCGUUCGGCAGCGUGGUGGGUGGUGGCAGCGGUGGAACAAGUCAUCACGCGGUUAGCAGCAGUACCAUUAGUAGCAUUUCGGCGGACGAGGAAAAGCUGCAAUAUAGUGCUCUGUUGGCAACAUCCGCACUGCUCUGCUGUGGCCCCUGCUUCGAUCCGAACCUGCUGGCGGAGGACGGAGCAAUCUACAACUGGCUCGAUAUGCUGAUGGAGUCCAAGGAAGACAAGAUUUACGACUUGGCGAAAGAAACCGUAGUGCUCCUGCUCGAAUCCAAUCCCGACAUCGGCCAACUGCUGGAGUGGGUUAUUGAUCGGUGUUACACGGCUUGCCCUCGAGAGGCCGACGCCUGUUUCCUAACGUUGGCAGUUAUCUUCAGUGCGCGGGAGUACCCAUGCGACCAUUACACAUCGGUUAUCAACGUCACGCUCCUAAUGACCGGAUGUCCGCGCGUAGAAGUCCACUCGACAGCCCUCCAACUGCUACAGAUUCUGGAUAAACGAUUCUUCGGCAACGUAGGGCCGCUGCAGUCCGAAGCCGACAGAGAGCUGGAUAAAGUUGGUACGCUGGAUGCUAUAUUGAGUGGUGCGUACUGCCGCUCUCAGAUGUACCUCUCGAGGCAAAUGGCUAGACUGCGACCUGAGUUGACAAUGUCAAUGUUUUCCGAAAUAACAUAUCGCUUCCAGACGGCUAGAUCCGAAGUUCGCGCCUUGCUGCUUCAGUGUUUGCUGCCGUGGUUGGAAAACGUGGAACUGGUCGCAUCGAGUGUUCCACCCGCCACUCCGCUGUCCUAUAUUAUGUACUAUCCGGACUCGGGGACACGCGGCAGGCGGGAAGGUUCCGGAUCGACGGAAGCUACCGAGAUGAUUCUCAACAACUUGUUCUACAUCACCGCCAAGUUUGCCGACUCUCAUCCCUACAUCGAGGAGCUGUGGGGCACGCUGUGCCAAUUUUGGCCGAACAACCUCAAGGUCAUUCUCCGGUACUUGCUCAUUGUUUCCGGUAUGGCACCUAACGAGCUGCUGGCCUACGCAAAGCGGGUCGCACUGUAUUUGGCACGGUCCUGCACCAACCGGCUGCUGGACGAGCUGAUGAGUGAGCUGCAAACCGUGGAGACGCUAAAUUGUCUAAUUGAGCGGACGGAAACUCCACCAUUCUAUCGGCUAACGAGCAUGCGAAAAGCGUCCAGUCAUUCAGAUGGACCGGCUUCGGGCAACAACGAUCCCAAGGUACAGGAGAUUGGUGUUGAGAAGGGAACCAUCCAUACCAAGCGGCACAGCGGUGAGGAUCCAAUCAAAUCAGGCACAUGUAAAUCGGACAGUGCACUGAGAACGUUCGCCAGCGGCUACCGUCCACCGAGAGGAAGCGAUAAAAUUCGCACUGCAUCCGGUCCCUGCGUGCUGCCCCGACACGAGGACGUGCUGCUCAUGAACGAAUCGGAAAUGAACCAGGAGGAUAAUUUUGCCCAACUGAGAAACAAUGAACAGCCAACGGCUCCGCAUCCGCUGCCGAUGCCCGAGUACGGGGGCUACUUUGCUCCGCUGACGGAGUUCUUGCCAGAUGCGACCAGCCCCAUCAGUGGCUUCCAUCGCUGCAACGUCGCCGUGAUGCUUCUGACGGACAUAGUGGUGGAUGGGAUACCGGGCCUGGACUGGACAUUGCACAUUCCUCUCAUGUUACACAUUCUGUUUCUCGGCUUGGAUCACACGAGGCCGAUUGUGCGCGACCACUGUAAAAAGUUGCUGCUGAAUCUACUGAUUGUCCUGGCGGAGCACAAUGACCACUUGAAUGUAGCAAAAAUCCUACUGAAUAGCGACACUUCAAAGCUUCGCUUAGGGCUAAGUGUCCCCUCGCUGCCAGUCAUCGAUCACAAUUUUACCGAACCGGAUCAAGAGUUCGACAGCUACCUUUUCGGUCUGAACAGCAACCUCCCGCAGAAUACCCUGUCGCCGGUUUCCAACCAACCGAACGAGGAAACCCCCGUUCCGACCAUAAUCACUGAGGAGAAUGCACCCCCUCAGCCGGGUCCUACCAUGCCGACGGCUCACGUUAUCAAGAGUCUGAUCCGGUUCCUCUCCCAGGACAGCGCUCAGCCGCUGUGGAACUACGAGGAUAUCACCGCGAAAGUGUGGACUAUUAAGUCGGCGGAACAGUUGCAGUGCUUCCUCCGGCAUAUCGUGAAGGUGUUCUCGGACAGCUAUUCUCACGCGAGAAUCGCCGAACGGUGGGCACAGACGGCGUUGCAGUUGGGGCUUAGCUGCUCCUCGCGUCACUAUGCCGGACGUAGUUUGCAAGUGUUCCGCUCGCUCAAUGUGCCGAUCAAUUCGCGCAUGCUGAGCGAUAUUCUAUCGCGGCUGAUCGAAACCGUUGCCGAGCAGGGAGAGGACAUGCAGGGUUACGUUACGGAACUGUUACUCACCCUGGAAGCAGCUGUCGAUAGCUUGGAUUCGGACUUCAGACCGUUGGAUGUGAUGAAGGAUAUUUUCAAGAGUACGCCGAACUUGAACAACAAGGAUGGAGCGAUGAUUUCCAGCGUGUAUGGAAACAAGCGAUCAAGCGACGGAAUACCUGGAUCUCCACAGACGAUGAACAACAUGAUGGCUGGGGGUCACACUCGGAGCACAAGUUAUUCCAUUUCCUAUUGCUCACGGAAGGCAGCAAAUUCACCAAUUGAUAAACAAGUUGAACUACGCAAUCGUUCGAACGUGCUAGAACUAGAACGUAACUCGAAUAAAUUUGGAUCAUCCCUUUCGCGAUCACGAAGUGCCCAAAGUCUGAAACUUUUAGGGGACACAGCUACCCAAGAUGACAAAAUGACAAUUCUAGCACAGUUGUUCUGGUUGGCGGUGUCUCUUUUAGAGAGUGAUUAUGAGCAUGAAUUUUUGCUGGCGUUGAGAUUGCUAACCAGAGUGCUUCAUAGACUCCCAUUGGAUCGUCCAGAUGCGCGCGAUAAAGUGGAGAAGCUGCAACAGCAGCUCAAGUGGUCCACGUAUCCAGGUAUGCACGCUCUUCUUCUCAAAGGCUGUACUCACACAACGACUUAUGAACCAUCAAUAGCCGUUCUUUCACAACUGUCCCCUCUUCUGAACCUGCCGGUUUGUGAUCCCACACAAAGUUGCGCCUUUCCAAUGAAUGUGAUUGCUCUGCUCCCAUACAUGUUACUUCAUUACGAAGAUGCUAAUGAAAUAUGUAUCCGAAGUGCGGAGAACAUUGCACAGGUUUCGUCCGAAAUGGGACUAAAGUUGGAAAACCUGGGAACGGUAAUGACGCUUUACAGCCGGAAAACGUUCAGCAAGGAAUCGUUCCAAUGGACAAAAUGUGUCGUUAAAUAUCUAUACGACACCUACGCUCACAUGGGAUUGCAUAUGCUGGCAUUUUUGACCGAAGUCAUUGAGAAGGGACCUAGCCAAAUUCAUCUGCAGGUGUUGAGUGUGAUCCAUUGUAUGCUACACUACAUUGAUCUUUCGUCGGCGCAGGCGCAACCCAUUGCUGGGGAUCUUCUACGAGUUAUCUCCAAGCAUCUUGAUAGCCCCAACUGGAAGGAAGCAUUAAAAAUACUCAAACUGGUCGUAACACGUAGCUCCAGCCUGCAAGUGGUACCGCAAUCGACGGAAAGCAGCUCCUCCUAUGCCAACUUCCAUGGCAGCUACAGCGAUUCGGAGGUGUUCUGCAAAAAAGAACUGGCCGGACGGACGAUGGAGUUUUCCUUCGACGUGUCACAGACACCGCUCAUCGGGCGCAAAAUACUGCUCAAGUCAGAGGGCGACAGCAGCGCCUUUCUGGCACAGCAGAGCUCCAACAAGAACGGUCCGCCCGGUGCGGUUGCGGCGGGCGGCGCCCACUACGGGCACGCAGGGACGCCAAACUCGCCUCGCCGCAGUGCAAGUCUUUCGCCAGCGGACACGGCUCCGCUGAGUGGAUGGAAGCGUCCUUGGAUGUCACAGGGUCGAGUACGUGAGUGUUUGGUAAACCUCCUUACCACCUGUGGACAGAGAGUCGGGCUUCCGAAAAGUCCUUCGGUUAUAUUCAGCCAAUCGUCCGAUCUUCUGGAGCGUCAAUCUUCCGCUGCAUCCAGCACAGAUGAAACAUCUGGCGCCCAACAGGAUCUCAGUGGUGGUUCCAAACGGGACGACGGUCCACCGGACUUUGGUGUGUUCAAGGACUUUGAUUUCCUCGAGUAUGAAAGUGAGAGCAUCGAAGGAGAAUCAACGGACAAUUUCAACUGGGGAGUUCGCCGAAGACCACUGUCGGAGGGCGACAGCGAACCCCUUUCCGCCAACAAGGGCCACUCUAAUUUGGACGAGAGCUUGAGCGAGAAAACUCCGGUACUGACCCGGCGCAAGAGACCGAAUGCAGAUGAUUCAAGCGAUGAAGAAGUGGAGUCAGAGUCACCUCUGGAUGAAGAGCAACGACCAAUUUUCUCCAAACCAUCGUAUUUGAUUGGCCCGCCGACUAGUUUGAGCUUGCGCGAGCGCAGGCAUCGCAGAGAUUCAGUAUCACGCAGCGACACCAGCGGAUCUAGUGCUGGUGAUUUAGGGGAUAUCACUCCUUGUAAUGCUUCGCCACAUAUGCCAGGACUAUUAUCUUUCCGCGCCCCGAUUCGGGAUGAAAGUGAAGAGGUUUGGAGAAGGAAUCUUGUCGGGUUGCUGGUGAAUCAACCAUCAGGGCACGCACCCGAUCUGUUGAAUCAGUUGUUCAAAUUGAUCAAGGAGUUAUCGCAUCGAUCUAUAUCCAUAUCGAAAGAAUGUAUGCGAUUCUUUACUGGCACGGGCGUCCAGCUUGGUCACCGUAUCUCUGUGCUGUCGGAUUUGCUGUCAUCUAGAGGAGAACCUCCAAAGAUUUGGUACCAUCAAAGCUUGGUAACUACUCCAAGAUUGUUUGAAAAUUUGAGAUAUGGUGUCCUGGAAGUUCAGGAGCACCUGGAAACAUUUUUCGACCGAAAAGAUACGGUUCUUGAUAGUUUGGAUGCCGUAAAAACAUCAUGCAAGUUAGCACUUUUCACAUCGGAUAUUGAUUCCGCAAACGAAGGAACAGGGUCGAAUCUCAUGACAUCGAUGUCUGUUGAUCCAGCAACAACGGAACUGCUAAUAGAUCUUGGCCGUGCUCUGUACAAACUGAUGUUUCAAUUGCUUUUGUUGAUUGAAUCGGAUCAUAAAAUUGCCAUCAGUGUUGUGCACAAUCUCAGACAGAAUGAAAAGAUGCAAGAUCUGUCUAACCUGUAUAUAUCGGUCCGAGGGGCGCUCCUUCGAACCAUCGAUGACGCUGAAAUGGAAUCGUUGGACACUUCCACAUCGACGGAAGGCGAAAAUACGCCCACACCGUCCCCUGGAUUGCCGAUGAACGAUUGUGAAUUCGAAAACAGCCUGAUUGAGUUGAUUGAUAAUCAAAGGUGGUCGGCUGCCAUAAAUCACGUCAAGCAGCACAAACAAAUGUCAAAUCUAUCGUCAUCGAAUUACAACCUAUCCGGCACGAGUGGUGGAAGUGGCGCCAGCGGCGGUGGAAUGCAACUUGACUCGGGCUUCGGUGGUAACUCGAGUGCGAAAUUCAGAUCCACCGAUGAUUUAUCGAUUAUACUGAAUAUCUACUCGCAGCGGUUGACGAAGGAACGAAAUGAUGUAUUCAUAGCGUCCCGCUCCGAGAUCGAACUGAGCGAAAUUUACCAAAUUCUGAUGGAGAAUCUGCUGCACGUGUCGUCCGCGUUGACCAACAUGGAGAUAGGCAUGAAGACCACCAACAACACCAGCUCGUCUUCGUCGACGAUAACCACAAUGACGACCAUUCCGGCAGUCACUGGCAGCACUCCGCUUCCGUCGGUGGCCGGCGGUAGCCCCGGGUUGAGCGUGGGAGCAGCAGGCUCGAGUGGCAUCACUGGCUCUGUCACGCCAACGCCACAGCUCGGCCCAAUCAUUGCACCGACGAAUCCAUUCAAAGAUACAGUGGACAUAAUCACCACGCUCUAAAGCCUUCAGCUGGUAGAAGUCACAGCGACAUGUCUGUAAGUUACACUUGUUGCAAACGUUGUAUCCGCCAGAGGAUUUCACUAAUUGCUAUUAAUACGUAACUGUUCAUCCGAUAUAAUUAAAUUUACCGAAUCAAGUAAUGGAACCGCGACAAAAUAAUUGCCAACCGACACUGGUUGGAAUAUGACGACUCGGAUAAGGCGAGAUAUGAUUAAUAGUGUAAUAGCUAAUUGGGUUCCACAUCAGACAUUCUAACUUCAAUAAUUGAGUGAGAUUAGCAUUCAGUGCCUGACAAGACAUUAGCUAACGGAACGGCAACGCACGGAUUCGUGCGGCUGCAGGUAUGAUUUGAUCAUAUUACAUUUGAUUAUCCUUUGCUCUUCUCAGGCGGUACACCCACACACAUGAAUCUAAUCUAACUUUCUGAUUGCGUAAACUAUACGUAUUGAGUUAUGAAAUUUUAGCCAUUAAGAGUAUCACGAUGUUUUACUAAUAAAACUGUAUGAUUGCACUGCAAGUAAUAAUAAUCAGCAUAA